CUAUGAAGCUUCUUUAAUGGAGGACAGAAAAGCUAACAUCUUCGCCCUUUCGUCCCUCGUCUUCCUCAUCUCCGUCAUCGUCGUCGCCCGGGUGGUUUUACAUCUGUCCAAAUCGUUUUUUCUCAUCAUCGGCGCCGCCGUUGCCGCUAUCUUUGCCGUCAUUACUUUCUAUUUCAUCAGGCGACAUCUUCGCCAUAGAAGACGUGUGAUGGAGACUAGACUUGCUUCUGAAGGGAAAGAACUCCGAAUCGAGUAUAGCUUUCUCCGGAAAAUUGCCGGACUUCCGACCAAGUUCCGGUACAAAGAGCUUGAAGAAGUCACCGAUAACUGGAAAUCAGUCAUCGGAAAAGGAGCUUCUGCGUGUGUGUUUAAAGGGGUCAUGAAAGACGGCACCGCCAUCGCCGUCAAGAGGAUUCAACAUGAAGAGGAGAGGGGGGAGAAAGAGUUCAGAUCGGAGAUCGCCGCCAUUGCCAGCGUUCAACACGUAAACCUUGUUCGUCUCUUUGGAUAUUGUAUUCAUAAUAGUUCAAGGUUUCUUGUUUAUGAGUUCAUCCCGAAUGGCUCGUUAGCCAAUUGGAUCUUCUCACGACCGGCAACCGCGAGGAACAACGGUUCCCGCGGUGGUUGCUUGUCAUGGGGUCUCCGAUCUGAUGUUGCACUCGACGUCGCAAAAGCCCUCGCAUACCUACACCAUGACUGCCGUUCAAGAGUCCUCCACCUUGACGUCAAGCCGGAAAACAUCCUCCUCGACGAAAACCACCGUGCCAUCGUCUCCGACUUCGGAUUAUCGAAGCUAAUGACACGAGAUGAGAGCAGGGUUCUGACAACAUUACGAGGCACAAAAGGCUACCUGGCACCGGAAUGGUUGUUAGAACUGGGAGUAACGGAAAAAUCAGAUGUAUUCAGCUACGGCAUGGUAUUGUUAGAGCUCAUCGGCGGGAGGAGGAACGUGACGGUAAUAGACGGUGGCAGUGAGCUUUCGAAGAGAAAGUUUCAGUAUUUUCCAAAGAUAGUGACGGAGAAGCUGAAAGCCGGGAGGGUCAUGGAGGUGGUGGAUCCACGGUUGUUGGAUCUGGGAGGGAUUGAUGAAAAGGAAGUGAAGAAACUGGUGCACGUGGCGUUAUGGUGCAUACAAGAGAAGGUGAGACGGCGGCCGAGCAUGGUGGAGGUGGUGAAGUGGCUGGAAGGGCGGGUGGCGGUGGAGGAGCCGCCGGAGACCCAAAUGAUAGUCGUCGAUCUUUUGUCCAUUGAUGACGAGGAUGGUGAAGGUGAAGGGCAAGGGCAAAACGGUAAUAAAAGGAAAAAGCCAAAAGUAAUUGCCAGAGUAGCCUCCCAAUUGAAUGGUUGUUUGUCUUCCAGUUCUUUGUCAUCAAAAUCAUUUUCCUAUUCAAUGUCUAUUAUUUCACCAAGAUAAAUAAAUUAUUAUUAUUAUUUUAUGUGA